AUGGGUGUCUCCGAGGCUAAGAAAGUUCCUACACGUUCCCGAAUCAAGUACCGCCCAGACCAGAUAGAGGCGAUGGAGGAGUCGUUUCUGACACAUCAGUACCCGGACUCUGAGAGCAUAGAACAGCUGGCAGAAAAAGUGGGCGUGUCCGCAGAAAGAGUAGCGAUAUGGUUCCAAAACAGGCGUGCUAAAUUCAAGCGAGAGUCAAAGAGUGUUCAGAUGAACUGGAUGAGAAAGCAGUUUUAUACGGGCACACCGGAACAAACUUCGAGCUCACAGAAGAGUUCACAUGUCAUCUCGUGUAACCCAACAGACUUCAAUGUGGAAAACAGAUUGCAACCUGAGUGUUUACCAUCCAAAAACAUCCACUAUUUACCGAAUUUGAGGCAAAAUCUCCCCGAUGACAUCAGUAAUUCAUCAUUUUCCUCUGGAGUUUCUUCAUCUCCAAGUCCCCCAACUGCUUCGAUGACGUCAUCACCGCCAUAUCCAUUAGCUCAUCGCCACAGGAUGCCAGAAUAUACAUCAACAUAUCCGGCAUUUUACCCACAAUACAUUGCAGACUAUCACCAGCCCUACUUCCGCCACUACGCUCCUCCUCAGUCUACGCUGCCUGUGAAUCCCAUGCACGUGCCCUUCACGCCAGGAUACCAGCUGAUGACACUGCAAUGA